UUGAAAUAGCUUCACUCUCGAAAGAUAACAAAAAAGAUAAGGCUAUGGUUUCGCUAAAAGUUGCUCGUAAAUAUCUAAAAAUGAAGGCUAAUACUGGGGCUGAGGCGACUAUCAUUCCAUUUAAGCUCUAUAAGGAGCUAACCAAAAAACCAUUGCAGAAAAUUCAUCAGCCAUUAAAGGGAUGGCUUGCUGUUAAAGCUAUUAAUCCGAAGGGUUGUGUACGACUCCCCACCCAGUACAAAGGUAAAGAGAUCAAUUUUGCAUUUCUUGAGGUGGACGGGGAUUUUACCCCUUUACUAAGCUGUGAUGCUUGCUUGGAUUUGAAAUUCUUAAGUUUAUGA